UGUGUAUGUGUGUGUACAUGCGUGUGCGUGCAUUUGUGUUAGAAAGUAGGCUGCAGUGUGGAGUAGAUAGAAGCUGGAACUGUAUUGCCAACUAUCGACAUAAUCCACCAACAGUUUCUACUGUCCUAUGUUUUCCCGACGUUUCUGCUGAAACCGACAGCUCCACCUAAAAAGGUAUUCAAUUUAAAACAAUCUUGGAAUCUGAGGCAACAACAGAGAUGUGUUAGAAAGAAUUACUAAAUCAUGGAAUAGAGCUCAAAACUAUUUUAUGGAAUAUAAGAAGGAUAGAGAUCAUACUGAAAGAAAUUGCGUUACACAUAGAAGUAAAAAUAUAUAAAAAGAAAAAAACUUUUAGUCAUUUUAUAUAAUUAAUUGUUAAAUCAUGAACAUAUAACAAUGGGAUGAACAUUUUAUGUAAAAAAGUACAAGAUCAAGAGAAGUAUAGACACUUAAAAAAAAAUCAUUUAAAUAUUAUUGAAAAAAAGCACAGUCCUAAAUCCUAAUUUUUUCCAGAUUUUUUCAGAAUACAGAAAGACCAUAUAUGAUAGCAAUAUGAACUAAUAUAUUUAUGAAUAUAACAAAGUAAAUUUUAUAAAAUUAUAUAAUAAUGUUUGUGAGAUAUACGAACCUAAGUUAAAAUGAUUAAUGUUCAAUCCAUGAAUGAGAGUGAAAAUCAGUCACCAUCUGAUACAAAGACAAAUGAUGACUCGCAAAGUACUGCAAAUAGUAAGAAACCUUUCAAAUGUGCAGUGUGCCGCAAAGGGUUUACUUUACGCGUAUAUCUUGCCAAACACGAAUUGGCCCCAGAAGCAGAGAAACAUUUCGGUUGUUCUUUCUGUGGAAAAGCUUUCAGCCAAAGGGAUAAACUGAAAAAUCAUGAACGUACGCACACAGGGGAAAAACCUUACCAUUGCAAUGUUUGUGAAAAGGCAUUCAGCCAACGAACGCAUCUCAGCAAACAUAAACGUACACACACGGGAGAAAAACCAUUUGUAUGCUUCACUUGCGGAAAGGCAUUUUCGCAAAAAUCUUAUCUUCAUAAACAUCAAAGAACACACACGGAACUAAAACCAUUUGUGUGUUCUGUGUGCCAGAAGAACUUUUCACAGAAAUCGUAUUUAAACAAGCAUGAACGAACUCACACGGGGCUAAAACCAUUUGAGUGUGCAAUUUGCCAUAAAGUGUUCUCACAAAAAUCAUAUCUUAACAAACAUGAACGAACCCACAGUGCAGAGAAGCCUUUUAACUGUAGCCUCUGCAGCAAAGUAUUUUCCCAAAGAGCACAUUUAAAAAAGCAUGAACAAACACACAGUAGAAAUGAAAUUUUACAAUCAGAACCAGAAAUAGAAGCAGAAGCAGAAGCAGAAACAAAUCUAGAACAAACAUUACUGCCAUUGCCUGAUCAACAGUCCCUUGAACCAUCAUCACCAUCAUCACAAGUCCAAUUAACAUUCGAAACACAAACAAACUCCCAACAACUUACUUGCUGUAUACAACCAUUGAUGCCUCUCUCAAUUACAUCAGUGAUGCCAAACAAUUCACAAGCAAAUAAUUACAACUGGUCAGCUGGGUUCCCAGUGACACCAACAUGGGCUGCUGCUUGGACUAACACACCCACAGAACCAAAUUGCUGCCUAAGUAUAUUAGAAGCUCAAACUGAAGAAAAAUAACAGAAAUCUAUUCAAUGUUAUUAAUUGAUAAAAUAACAUUUAGUUUAGAAGACAUUAAAAUUAGAUUUUCAUUUAUUGAAAAUGCAAAACACAAAAGACUGUUAUUUCAUUGACACACCACCACUGUCUUAUUUGCAAUUUUAAUUAAUAUUAAACUUUUCAUGCAUUUACCUUAUAGAAACUCCUUUUCCAUCAUAAAGAUAAAUUUAGUUCUACAAAUUGUUAACUUUUUACAGUAACUGAAGAUGUAUCUAGGAUAUUUUGUUUAAAUAAAAAUAAAUAGGACAGAACUUUUAACCACUAACCAAAAAUGUUAAUUCAUUUACCAGUGGAAAGUUUUAAAAAUAUUAGCAUAUGAUUUUUAGUUUU